UUCGAUGGGGGCUGGUUACCAGAUUGCUUUCUAAAUUAGCCAGCUGGGGUUACUUUAAAAAACAGUAUGUAAUUUUUUUUUCCUUCUCCGUGCUAAACAGAGUUGUUCUGCCAAAGAGCUUGUUUGUAGUUCUUGUACAAUAAUCACGCUUUAUCAAACAGUUAUGUAAGGGGUAAGGUUUAUGGCAAGAUUCAAUGGCCAGGCCUUAUUAAUGAACAGUACACAAUACAAAUUGUCUGUACCCCAUUAUUGCAAUAUACAAAAGUACCAGAUACUCUUUAAGGCUAAUUACUCAUAGUGCUAGUGUAUAUUAUAUAUGUGUAAAGGUUGAUUUGAGUGAUUUGUGUUCAUAAUUAACUAUAAAAACCAAGUCAGUCCAAAUAGCCAGUAAGCCAGCACUUCCAUCUUUGACAUUGACACCAGAAAAUUUGGUGGUGUUUAUUCAUCCUAAUCCAGAAUAUUCAUUAAUGUAAAAAAAAAAAAUCUUUGAAAGCUAAAUAUUUUAAUAAAAUUACUGGGAAAUUGAAGCAGCAGCAAAGCGUAAAGAAAGGAGCAGGAUGGAAACCAUUGCCCAUUACUUGACUGAAUUACUUCUCACUGUCUGUUCCUAAAGGAUCUUUGUGUGCAAAUCUUUGCCUGUGAAAGUAGAUUCUAAGAAGAGGCAUUUUCAAGUUAAAGGGUAUGAAGUCUCACAAGGUUCUUGUUGCAUAUUCUCAUUUCUUUUUCUAGAAAGCUUGUAACAUGCUCCUUCAUGCUGUCUCUAGUUUUGUCUGUUUUAAAUUUUCUUAAUCUGAAUUUCUAAAUUUCUAGUGAAUUUGUUCAGUUUUAUGAAGAAUUUUUACAUCAAUUAUUUUAUGUUAAAGUAUGUCUCUUACUGAUUUACAAGACUUUUAUUAUGUAUUAAUUAUUUUAGCCCUUUGUUAAAUGAAUUAUAAAAAAGCCUUUUCCCCCUGAUAUAUCUUUUGGCAGUAGCCUGUGAGUUGAUACCUUUUUCAGGAGGCUUAAUUAAUCUAUUCUGCCUCAAAUACUCGGAAGACUAAUAUAGCUGUAAAUAAUCUUUAUAUAUUAAAUCCAAAAUCCUUCAGUGUCUCCCCAUAACACAGAAUACUGAGUUUUAUAACCUUUGAUAAACUAGAAAUCACCUAGGAGGUAUGCAGACUAAGAUUCAGACACAGUGUGAUCUGGGUCCUCAUUUAUAAACUGUAUAUUCAGUAUUAGUGCUAGUACUCUGUCCUUUCACAAACACCUUUAGUUGGGGGGAGGGGGGCUCCUAGUGACAUAUUCUCCUGGGUGAAAAUUGGCUCUUGAUGCAGUCAUCUACUUGCUGUCUGCAGAAUAAAGUAUAGAUACACACAUUGUAAACCUCUGGCUGGUGGUGCUCUCUAUAUAAGUAUAAGAUGGCACUAUGUUAUUCUCCUGGAAUUUCUUCUAUUGUCCACUUUGUCCAAAUCCUGGCUUUCCUUUAAGAUACCUGUCUGCCUCCGUUUUUGUCAUAAAUUCUUCUCUAAUCAUUUUAAUCAAAUUGAAUUCUUUGCUCCCCUGAGUCUAAACAAUCAUUUGCACCUUUUCAGCAUUUUUUUUUUCAUUUGUCUAUUUUGAUUUUGAUUUUUUUUUUUUUUGUGAGUAAUCUUAAAUUGUUCAUUUGUUGGCAGAGACUUUGCCUUAUAUGACUUUAUUUUAUCUCCCACAGGACCUGUGUGGAAAUAAAAGCAAAUGUCAGUGCACUCAACAGUUUGGGCUGUUUUGAAAAGCUACAAUGAAAUAUUCACUAGGCAAUCAGUGGAUAUUUUUUAAAAAUCAGAUCUAUUCUUCUGUCUACCCUGUCCACAGCUUGUAUAAUUCUGUAGACUUUAAUCUUAACCUUUGGUCUUUGGUUGUCAUAAACUGGAAAGGUCCUUCUCAUGUUAGUUCUACUUAACGUUAGUACAUCACCACCCCAUUUUUUUAUCAUUGCUAGAUUGUUUUGGAGUGUUAGCAGGGCCGGUUUCACAUAGUAUUCCAUAUUCCAGUUAAAGAUUAUUAGUCUAGUUUUUUUAAGGUAGACUUUGGAUGUGGUAGAGGUGGGUGUAAUACCUUAUAAAAUUAAAUAGGAUGCCCUUAGAAGUAUGACAUCUAGCUUGUUGUGUUUCAUCUAGAUCUCUGUUUAGAUCAACUGACUCAGGCCCAGAGUUUUAUCCUAAUAGCCUGAGUUGUCUCUCCAGAGGUCAGGAAGAACUUGAGAGUGAUGCUAGGCAAUAAGAAGGCCCAGCCUGAAUUAGUGCCAGUCCUGUUGAGUAGUUGUCCUAGGGAUGUUUCUCUCUAGUUCUGCUUAAACCAGCACUUGGGAAGAAAAUGACAGCAUAUUCUGGGGAGUAUAAAGGGGUUGGUGGGGUCAGCCUCAGCAACAUCUGUCACUCCAUUGCUUGUCAGGAUUAUUUAGCUGAUUUGUCUGACUGGGCAGGUGUCCCCUCUCUCCCUCAGUGCUCCAUGUGCAUCCCUCUUGAAGCUUCGCACUCUGUUGAAGAGGACACUCAUCCCAGUCACUAUUUAGAAGCAAGGUGCUUGAAUCAAAGAGAUUAUCGGGACCGGAGAUACAUUGAUGAGUACAGAAAUGAGUACUGCGAAGGAUAUGUUCCAAGACAUUACCAUAGAGACAUUGAAAGCACUUACCGAAUCCACUGCAGUAAAUCCUCAAUCCGAAGCAGGAGAAGCAGCCCUAAAAGGAAGCAUAAUAGACACUGUGCAAGUCAUCAGUCACAUUCGAAGAGCCACCGAAGGAAAAGAUCCAGGAGUAUAGAGGAUGAUGAGGAGGGUCACCUGAUCUGUCAAAGUGGAGACGUUCUAAGAGCAAGAUAUGAAAUCGUGGACACUUUAGGUGAAGGGGCCUUUGGCAAAGUUGUAGAGUGCAUUGACCAUGGCAUGGAUGGCUUACAUGUAGCAGUGAAAAUUGUAAAAAAUGUAGGCCGUUACCGGGAGGCAGCUCGCUCAGAAAUCCAAGUGUUGGAGCACUUGAACAGCACUGACCCCAACAGUGUCUUCCGAUGUGUCCAGAUGCUAGAAUGGUUUGAUCAUCAUGGUCAUGUUUGUAUUGUGUUUGAGCUGCUGGGACUUAGUACCUAUGAUUUUAUUAAAGAAAAUAGCUUUCUGCCAUUUCAAAUUGAUCACAUCAGGCAAAUGGCUUAUCAGAUCUGCCAGUCUAUAAAUUUUUUACAUCAUAAUAAAUUGACUCAUACAGAUCUAAAACCUGAAAAUAUUUUAUUUGUGAAGUCUGACUAUGUAGUCAAAUACAAUUCUAAAAUGAAACGAGAUGAGCGCACAUUGAAAAACACAGAUAUCAAAGUUGUUGACUUUGGAAGUGCAACAUAUGAUGACGAACAUCAUAGUACUUUGGUGUCCACACGGCACUAUAGAGCUCCAGAGGUCAUUUUGGCUUUAGGUUGGUCUCAGCCGUGUGAUGUUUGGAGCAUAGGCUGCAUUCUUAUUGAGUAUUACCUUGGGUUCACAGUUUUUCAGACUCAUGAUAGUAAGGAGCACCUGGCAAUGAUGGAGCGGAUAUUAGGACCAAUCCCAGUGCACAUGAUCCAAAAGACAAGGAAACGCAAGUAUUUUCACCAUAACCAACUAGAUUGGGAUGAGCAUAGUUCAGCUGGGAGAUAUGUUAGGAGACGCUGCAAGCCAUUAAAGGAAUUUAUGCUGUGUCACGAUGAAGAGCAUGAAAAGCUGUUUGACCUGGUUCGAAGAAUGUUGGAGUAUGACCCAGCAAAAAGGAUUACCUUGGAUGAAGCGUUGCAGCACCCUUUCUUUGAUUUAUUAAAAAGGAAAUGAAUGGGAAUCAGUGGUCUUCCUAUAUACUUCUCUAGAAGCAAUUACUUAAGACUGUGUCAGUCAACUAAACAUUCUAAUAUUUUUGUAAACAUUAAAUUAUUUUGUACAGUUAAGUGUAAAUACUGUAUGUUUUGUAUCAAUAGUAUAACUACCUUGUUAAGUAUGGUGUUGAUAAUGAAUGCAAUAUGAGUUACAAUGAAUUUUCCCUUUUGAUGUUAAUUGCCAUUUUUAAAGGCCUUUGAAAUACCCUUUGUGUCCAGUAAUUAACGUGAUUGGUCUUGUCUUUUGUACAUGAAGGUUGACUCUGCAGUGAUUCUUUUUUUCUUGAGUAAAAGGAAAUCUUGACCACUU